UUCAAACUAAAGAAUUCUUUCAAAAUUCUACUUUGCAUGGUGUGCGUUAUAUAGCCGAGACUGGGAGGCCAGUGGGUGAGAAGUUUAUGUGGUUUUGUUUUACCUCUAUUGGGGCUGUCACUGCCUUAGUGAUUAUUAUGAGUUUAUGGGAGAAAUUUCAAACGAAUCCCACCAUUACGGGUUUGGACACCGAUUUCCAUAAUCAAAAUGUGGUAUUUCCUACUACAGUAGUUUGUCCGGAAAUUGCUUUCGAUCACGAGAAGGCCUAUACCGUCGCUUACAAAAAUAUAGCUAACUAUGAUGAAACAUCUGCUGGAUAUAUGGUUCCAUUUUUGGAACUUUUACCCACUCUUUCCUUUGAGACAUUGAAUGAAGCCUCCUUAAUAGCCAGUUCAGUAGAAAUGAAUAAUAUUCAUGAGAAAACUUUGCGUCAUUGGGCCUAUAUGACCUUUAUCAAGUGCGAAGAUGUUUUGAUCGAAUGCAAGUAUCGUGAUGAGCCCAUUAAAUGUUGCAGCCAUUUUGAACCGGUCUAUACUGAGCAUGGGUUUUGUUUUGCUUUUAACAGUCGCUUCAAGUCCUUAGAAGAUGCAGAUCAAAAAACUGGACCUCCUCAUGAUUUGUAUGAAACCGAUAAAAAAUGGGCCUUAUUUUUUGUACCCAAUAGCACUGUUAAGAUUUUCAUUUUCUCUAAUGAGGAGUAUUUUGGUCAGGAUUUUAAUCCUCAAAUCGAGUGGUCUGAAAAUCAGGUGGUGGAAGUUCGCAUUUCGAAAAAGAAUACCUAUACAACCGAUGAUGCUCGUCAGUUGUCGAUAGGCCAACGCAAGUGUAUUUUCCAUGAUGAAAUCAAAUUGAAAUACUUUCCCGAAGAAUAUACCUUUUCAUCGUGUAUGAAGGAAUGUCGUAUGAAAAAGGCCAUUAAACUUUGUAAAUGUAAUCCUCCUUUCUACAAGCCGAUACAAAAUGUACCCAUGUGUGGCAUAAACGAUUUGGAUUGUUUGAGUCUAUAUAAACAUAAUAUAACCAAUAUCAAAGAUUGUCUGCAAUGUGAAUUGAGUUGUUCGAAAACCGUUUUUAAUAUCGAGAAAUUAAUUAAAAACAUUGAACGUCCCGAGGCUCCCGGUGUUUUGGUGGAAUUUCUUACUUGGCCUAUUAUACGCUAUAAACGAGAGGUUUUGUUUGGGUGGGUUGAUCUACUGGUGUCUUUUGGUGGAAUUGCCAGUUUAUUCUUGGGUUUCUCUUUGCUAUCGGGCGUAGAGAUUAUUUACUAUUUUACUUUGAGAGCCUGUUGUAUGGUCUAUAAAAAUCGGCAACAACUUUACGAAAUUGAAGAACGCAUUAAAAACGAACCUCCACCACCCAUUAAUAUGACUUUAAAGCUACAAAGCUAUGCUUUGGCCAGACCAACAGUGGUAGAGGAAAAGGCACCUAUAAUUAAGGAUUCUACAAAUUUAGUGACAAGUCGUUUUAGUGAUAAUCCUCCGGAAUAUAAUGAGCUUGGUGGAAGGAGACGUAAAGCAGAGAAGGACUAUACCAACUAUACGAAAUCUUUGUAUAAAACCCCCAAAGUUUUGCCCAGUUAUGAGGACAGUCUUAAUCCGAAAUGGCAGUACGGGCAAUAUUUACCUUGA